AUGUCGAUGCGUGGCAGAGCACCCCCCCCCCCUCCACCCUCCCUCACAUCCCUCCCUCACAUCCCUCCCUCACACCCCUCCCUCACACCCCUCCCUCACACCCCUCCCUCACCCCCCUCCCUCACACCCCUCCCUCACACCCCUCCCUCACACCCCUCCCUCACACCCCUCCCUCACACCCCUCCCUCACACCCCUCCCUCACAUCCCUCCCUCACAUCCCUCCCUCACACCCCUCCCUCACACCCCUCCCUCACACCCCUCCCUCACACCCCUCCCUCACACCCCUCCCUCACAUCCCUCCCUCACACCCCUCCCUCACACCCCUCCCUCACAUCCCUCCCUCACACCCCUCCCUCACACCCCUCCCUCACACCCCUCCCUCACACCCCUCCCUCACACCCCUCCCUCACACCCCUCCCUCACACCCCUCCCUCACACCCCUCCCUCACACCCCUCCCUCACACCCCUCCCUCACAUCCCUCCCUCACAUCCCUCCCUCACACCCCUCCCUCACACCCCUCCCUCACACCCCUCCCUCACACCCCUCCCUCACACCCCUCCCUCACACCCCUCCCUCACACCCCUCCCUCACACCCCUCCCUCACACCCCUCCCUCACAUCCCUCUAAAACAUUUCCUUCAUAG